GUGUCUGUCCGACUGCGGGCACGGCUCCUGCUCGGGGCCCCCCAACUUCACCUGCGUUUGUCACCUGGGCUGGACCAACCCUGCCCCCCAAAAUUCCUCCUCGGGGGGGGCCCAGGAGCCCCCCCAGUGCUCCGUGGACUGCGGCUGCAACUUCCAGAGCUCCUGCGAGAAGGGGGGCCCGGGGCUCUGCGACCAGUGCCAGAACUGGACGGAGGGCCCGCAGUGCCAGCGCUGCCGCCCCGGCAGUUUCGGCCCCGGGGGGCUCGGCGGGUGCCGCCCCUGCGGCUGCCACGGCCACGGGGACCCCGAGCGCGGCUUCUGCCACCGCAGCACCGGGCUGUGCCACUGCCUGCCGCCCACCACCGGGCCCCACUGCGACCGCUGCGCCCCGGGCUACUACGGGGACCCCAGGGGGCCCCACUGCGACCGCUGCGCCCCGGGGUGCUACGGGGACCCCAGGGGGCCCCACUGCGACCGCUGCGCCCCGGGCUGCUACGGGGACCCCAG